AUGGCUCGCGCAACACGCCCAUCCUACCUCGCCAUCGCAGCAACAAUCUGCACCCUCCUCACCCACGGCGCCCUCUCCAAGACCACUGGCGACCCAAUCCAGGUGCAGCCCCCCGCAGGCCAAGGCGAUGGCCUCGCCUACGACACCACCAUCGCAGGGUUAGACGCCUUCGCCAGCAACCUGACGGCGGGAAUAGAGUUCGCCCAGGCGGCCGGCGGCGGCUGGUACGAUCCCAAGCUAUGCUCGGGCGGGUACUGCGUGUACGGCAACCGGCAAGCCGCCAACGGGCGGGGCGUCGCGGUGGUGACGACGGGCACCAACAUGCAGCGGAUCAAGCGCAUGGAGCCGAUCAUGGGGCGGCGCGAGAACAACGGCCCCACGGCGGCCGGCGACCCGGGGUUCGAGGAGAGGGACGUACCCGGGCGGGGCGUCGUGCUGGUGGCCAACCGGACGCUUCGGCGGGGCGACACGCUGAUGGCGUGGACGCCCGUGCUGUUCGUGCACAAGAGCCUGUACAAGGACCUGUCCGAGGACGAGCAGGGCCGGCUCCUCGCGGCGGCGGUGCACCUCCUCCCCGACGCGACGCGCGACCGGUUCAAGCGCAUGAUGCUGACGGCCAACGCGGGCGGCGGCAAGCGCGACCUCCGCGAGGUGGUGAAGCGCCUGUCGUUCGAGACCAACAUGGCGUACCGGUUCGCGCCGUCGGACAUGGACAACGAGAAGCACUACGUCACGUACCCGGAGGUGGUGUCGCUCGCGCACGACUGCCGCGGCAACGUGGCCUACUACAUUGACGGCGCGCACACGCACCACAGCACCGUCGCGCGCAAGGUGGCCCCCGGCGAGGAGCUGACCAUGUCGUACGUGGACCCGUUCAUGCCGCGGGCGCAGCGGCAGGAGUGGGUGGACAAGUGGAAGAAGACGGGGUGCUCGUGCGCGCACUGCACGGCGGGCGGGGACCUUGGGGCGCUGGCGAGGUCGGACGAGCGCCUGGCCGAGAUCCAGAGCAUCGAGGCCGUGCUCAAGGAGCCCGACAGCAAGGGCGUCACCACCGACAUGCUGGCCCGCCUGGUCGAGCUGUACAAGGAGGAGCGCCUCGAGCCGCGCAUGUCCGACAUGUACGAGCUCGUCGCCAUCAACUACAACAAUCUUGGCUAUGCGAAGCGCGCCACAAAGUACGCGCUGCUCGCGGCGCAGGCUGGGGCCGUCGAGAGGGGCGCCGACGCGAACGAUAUCGUGGCGAUGCGCAUCUUGGCCAAGGACCCCGAGGGGCACUAUUCGUGGCGGACUCGGGUGCCCAAGAGCAAGGGCAAGGGCAACAAGGUUGCUGGGAAAUGA